UUCUUUUCCAAGUUCGCACGAGAUAUAAAAAUUUUAUAAUAAAAUUUAAUUUAAAAACAACAAUCGAAUUAUAACUACACGAAUAGACGAAUUUGUAUCAGGACAUACAUUUGAAAGUAAAACCUAACCAUAAGCAAAACUAUGGCUUUUUACUGUGGUAGCAGAUUGGGCUCCAACUCAUUAUUGGGUAACUUUGCUAAGUUCCGCACUGCAUUGGGCACGGCUCAAUAUGCGCAAUCGGCAGCUGUACCUAAAGUCAGCUUUAAGAAAUAUGAACCUCCUAAGGAGGAACACUACGAUAUAAGAAAUGCUCGUCUCCAACGCCCAAUGUCUCCUCACCUUACCAUCUACAAACCCCAACUAACUAGUAUUUUAUCUGUUACCCACAGAGCUGCAGGUAUUAUGCUAUCAGGGUACAUUACUGCACUGGGCGUAGGUGCACUAGUCUUGCCUCAUGACGUUGCUCACUAUGUAACAAUGAUCGAAGGAUUAAAUCUAUCUCCGGCAACUAUAUUCCUUGCAAAAGCAAUCUUGGCAGCUCCAUUUGGAUAUCAUUUUGCUAAUGGAAUCAGGCAUUUAUAUUGGGACACAGCUAAAGGUUUGACCAUCAAGGAAGUAUACUCGACAGGAUAUGCAAUGUUGGCUGGGGCAGUAGCUGUUACACUAUUUUUAGCAGCAUUGUAAGUAAAAUAAUUAGCAAAUGUUCUGAGUAUUAUUUAUUGUUCUUAUAAGUGAUGUAAUAAAUUUUCUUUAACAGA